AAACUCAUUGUUGACUUGAUCGUCGGUGUGUGCGUGCGUAAAAAUGUCAUCGUCCCAAAAAAACUCCCAUGAAUCGGCCGAAAAAGAUGCCAAAUCGGAUCCAAUUUUCGACAGUGGUGAAGUGUGUAAACCAGGGUGGAAAGAUGCUGAGGCAGGUUACGAUGAAACGGAUGAACAUUUGCAGAUUUUAGGGAAACCGGUCAUGGAAAGAUGGGAAACUCCAUUCAUGCACAAAUUGGCCGAAAUCGCCUCGUCGAAAGGUGGGCGAGUUCUGGAACUAGGGUUUGGCAUGGCAAUUGCAGCUUCAAAAGUAGAGCAAUCCGACCUGGAAGAACACGUCAUUGUUGAAUGUAACGAUGGAGUCUUCACACGCUUGGAGAAAUGGGCCAAAGAACAAAAAAAUAAGGUCACACCCUUGAAGGGUCUCUGGGAAGAUGUUGUGCCCACUUUAAAAGACGAAUCAUUUGAUGGUAUAUUAUACGACACAUACCCCCUUAGCGAGAAUGAAUGGCACACACAUCAGUUUGAUUUCAUCAAGAAUCACGCGUCCCGUCUUUUGAAGCCAGGGGGUGUGCUUACUUACUGCAAUCUUACAUCAUGGGGUGAAUACAUGAAAAAAGAUUAUUCGGACAUAGAGACAAUGUUUAAGGAGACACAGAUGAAGCACCUUGAGGAGGCCGGUUUCAAAGCUGAAAGUAUUACAACGGAAACAGUGCCAAUGAACCCACCAGCGGACUGCAAAUACUACAGUCACAAUUUUAUGAUUGCACCUACAAUUAUCAAGUCGUAAAUUCAUGGGGGGCACUCGAAGUACUUCAUUGUACCACAAAAACAUAAAUCCGGUCCUGACAUUUAGGCGGUAUAUACUGGAUUUUAAUUAGAUAAACUCAAUAUGAAAUGGGCUACUUUUGAUAAUGCUUGUCAAAAAAUUGAUAAGAACAUUGACAAUAUCUUGACACAACACGGGUUAAAGGACUCCGCUGUUAGUUGAAAUUUGCAAUUGAAUUUGAAUUUCCAGUUGCAUUUGAAUUUCCAAUUACAUAUGUACUAAAUAUGAGGUCCUUUGGUCGCAUAUAUUCAGAGUGCGUCAUAUAAAAUUCAAAAGUUCUAUUUAUCAAACAUGAAUUUCAACAUCACUAUUGUGUAGACAAAUAUACAAAUAUAUGUACCAUGAACAAUUAUUGCUUCAGCCAAUAUGCAUGCAUAAUGAUAGCUUCACGGAGCAUGUGUAUGACUGCAUCACCAUUUCCCCGAGCCACCAGUUACAAACGCUGUACCCUUUUAACAGUGUUAUUGUCAAGGAGAACAUUUUCUAGUAAUUGUUAAGAAGGAAAGAACGAAAAAUAAUACAAUUUGCAUGUA